AAAUAAUUUGGACAUGACAAAAUAUCCAGCACAUCAAAAAGAAACAAAAAGGUGAAAUAGUAAAGUGCACUCUACAAAACUGAACCAAGUUAAUCUCAUCCAUUUUCUCAAGUCUCUUCACCCACAAAACUCUGAUGGACAAGUUGCCACCUGAACUUUUUCUGAGAAUUUUCUGUCUCUUGGAUCGCCACAAUCUUGCAACUGCACAAUUGGUUUGCAGAAGAUGGAAAAUGUUGAGUUCAGAUAACAGUUUAUGGUGUGAUCUGUUUAUAGAGAGAUGGGGAUCAGAUCAAGCCACUUUUUAUGCCCCUUCAGAUUCCAAAUCAUGGCAACAUGUCUAUAUGGUUCAAGAUCGUUGCGAUCGGAAUGGAUUGGGAUUGAAAAUUAUAAGAGAAGGAGAUGACUACUAUCUUAUACACCAGGGUGAAAUUCAGAGACAUUUAGGUUCAAGAAAAUCGAAAAUGGAAGAUUUAUCUGUUUCAUCAGCUGACUAUAAAGAUGUCAAAGAGGAGGUACCAAGUUUAAGCAUCUUGGACAAGAUACUUUUCUUCAUUGGGGACUUGGAAUCUGCUUCUGUCCAGGCUAAACGAAGCCGACUGGUGUAAAGAACUUUUCUUUUUUUGAAUAACGGUAGUAUCCUGAUCAGUUUACGUACACCUCAAUUGUUUUGGAUGGCUCCACUUCGCUCACCAAAGCUUAGGCAAAUGUGAAGAAAUUAGCUAACAUUUUUUUUUUUUGUAUCUUGUUGAAAUUGUUAGUUUUAUGUAAUAAUAAAUGUUUCAAUAUAUUUUCAUGUUUGUAUGCAAUUUGAUGUGUUCAUUUAAUCUUUGAAAGUGAUUUUAAGCCCCAA